UGAGGUCGCUGUUGAGCCGCAGAGACACAUCCAUACAAAUACACACAGGAUUUAAACUGAGAACAAGCAGGCAGACGGCAGGGAACAUCCCCGACGUCCCUUUCCUAGACCGUUCGAGUAUUUCACAGAGCCAAAUGCCCGGUCCGACCCAAGCUCUGUCCCCCAAUGGAGAGAACAACAACGACAUCAUUCCGGACAACAACGGCACCAACAUCAUUCCCUACAGAAAGAACACAGUGCGUGGAGAGCGCGCCUACAGCUGGGGGAUGGCGGUCAACGUGUAUUCUACCUCAAUAACCCAGGAGACUAUGAGCAGGCAUGACAUCACGGCCUGGGUGAACGAUCUGCUCAGUCUAAACUACACUAAAGUGGAGCAGCUGUCAUCAGGAGCAGCGUACUGUCAGUUCAUGGACAUGCUGUUUCCCGGCUGUAUCAGUCUUAAGAAGGUGAAAUUCCAGGCCAAGUUGGAGCAUGAAUACAUCCACAACUUCAAACUCCUGCAGGCCUCCUUCAAGAGGAUGAAUGUUGAUAAGAUUAUCCCUGUAGAGAAGCUCGUCAAGGGACGAUUUCAAGACAACCUGGACUUCAUUCAGUGGUUCAAGAAGUUCUUCGACGCCAACUACGACGGGAAGGAAUACGACCCGGUCCAGGCCAGACAGGGCCAGGAUGCCAUUCCCCCUCCAGAUCCUGGGGAGCAGAUCUUCAACCUGCCAAAGAAAUCCCACCAUGCCGCCAGCUCUCCCACAGCAGGAGCUACUAGAUCAACCACUUCAACCCCUAAAUCCUCCACCUCGACCUCCCGACCCUCCUCUGCCAAAAAGAUUCCUGUGAUGUCAUCGACACCCGCUAAGGGAGAGAAGGAGCUGGAAGCCCAAGUAACACAACUAAGCGAACAGCUCAAUACAUUAAAGCUAGCACUAGAAGGAGUGGAGAAGGAGCGGGAUUUCUACUUCGGGAAGCUGAGAGAGGUUGAGCUGUUGUGUCAGGAGCAGGGCCAGGACAACGGGCCCUUCGUGGAGAGACUCAUGGAGGUGCUGUACUCAGCAGAUGACCAGGAGGCCGGCGGAGAGGAACACGAGGCUCCGGCUCAGGAGGAGGACGUCCCUGACGACACACAGGAUGAAUACUGAACACACAUGCACUCAGUCCAGAAAACUGCUUUGGGUUCACUUUCUCAAACUCAUGACGGUUUAUUUCUCAUUUACUCUGGUGGCGAAGGAGUGAGACAAAUUGGCCAAAUAUUCAAAUGUGUCUUUUGUCAUUUUUCUUUUCCAUUUGCCCUGUUUAAUUGCAUCAUGACUAUAAUGAACAUGUCAUCUGACCGCAGCUUUAAUGGUGAAUCUUGUUCGUGUAAAGCCCUCGAUAACAACCGCUGCACAGCAACUACAUUUGGUUUUUAGUUUGUUGGCGUUUCCACCUGCUGUUUUUCAUCUCACCACACUGAUGAAGGAAAAUUGAUUUCUUAAGAUGUUUAUGUUUUUAGAUGUGAUGCAUCAAAUCAUGAAAUUUUUAAAAUAUUGCAAUAAGAGUAGUUUAAAGAGCUACCAAUACCAUUUGUGAAAUAAAGCCUCCUGUUAGAUCCCUUACAAAGACUGACCAUUGCUUACUAUGGUAAAUUUUGCAUUGGAAUAUAAUGCAUAUACUGAUUCUGUGCAUUAGAAUAUAAACCCGUGAGAUUCAUUUGGAAACGUUGCUGUUUUUCACUAUAUAUUAUUAUUAUUUUUGUCUAAAUGUGUCUCAACUUCACAGAGGUGGACGCCAAUCACAGUGUUUGAUAGGAAGCAUUUCAUUUGAACUGUGCAAUCGGUAUUCUGUGUCUAAACAUGUUUUACUUUAUAUGUACAGUAAAAAAACAGCCGUCAUUCUGAAGAAAACGAUGCAUAUUGAAGUUUUUUUUUUUUAACUGUUGUUCUAAAGCACAGGUUUUAGCGGAAGAUAUUCUGAACAGAAAACAUUCUCGUGAUCUCCUGAUACUCGUCAAUAUUCUCCACAGGUCAACGCUUAUGUCAUUUAUUAUUGUGUACAAUGAAAAAGGAAUGUAAACAUAUGUACUGUUAAUAAUUAUAAAUAGACAAUGUUUUUUUUUAUUUCCCUCACAGUAUCUCCCCUUAUGCAUUCCCCAAAUGUGUUGCAUGUUUGCAUUUUAUUUGUGAAUAACUUGACCUGCUUUUUACAUAUUUAAUAAAAAAGAAGAAAAAAAAAAUAAUUAUGUUAAAUGUUUUUUUUUUUUUGUAUGUUUAACUUGCUGUUUAAAAUCUCUGAAGAUAUGGAUAGACUUGCCCUAAUAAAACACUUUCAUUUACAAAAGGAAGAAAAUAUUGGUUUUUAUUAUGAACAAGUUGACAUUUAUUUAGGGUAAAAGACUCAUUUUGUCCAUUAUUGUAGUCGUGUUUUAUUUAAUAUCUAUGAGAUUUUGCAUACCACUGUUUAAGUAGUUAUAAUAUCUUACAUGGGACACCAACAUUUCUGUAAUACCAAAUAUUCAGGCAUGUGGUCAUUAAAAUAAUAGAAAUGUACAAAAUAUACAACUCCUGAGACUCUUAGAGGGGCUUUUUAGACAUGUUUAGCUUUUAAAAAAUAAAAAUGCUUUUUAAAAGUAUCUGACGUAUCACAUAAAUUAACAAAUUUUAUGGAAAAAGGAACAUUAGGUAAAAGGUUAGGUAUAUUCUUUUUCAGUUAUUAGUAUAUUAUUGAUUUUCAAGUUUUAUUAUUAUUAUUUAAACAAACGUCUUAAGAGAACAGAGUAGGAUUUUCUUUGACAAGAAAAACUAUUCGUUUGCUCAUUCAUUCAUAAUGAUAUAAAAAAAAACCUACAUGAUAUUACCGUCGCAUUGAUUUUGUACUCCUGCAGUAGCAGUGCUGAGAGCUUUAAAUGAAUCUGCCCGCCAGGUGUCAGUAGUGCGCAGAAUUAAUAACUGAAAGAGCGGGAGAAAAGAACCGAAGAAGACGCUGCCUGUGUGCCGCUGUUUAGUGAACUACAGUCCAAAAAUGUAAACAGUUAUAAUAAACCCUGUUUAAGGAAAAAUAAAGUCGUAAAACCUUUGCUAAACACCAUGGCCAAGGUAAG